GACCCAAAAAAAGGUCUUAAUAUAUGCACGCCUCUUACUAUUCAUCAUAAUCAUGUAAUCAGUUAUUGAUUGCCCUUAGAUUCGGUCUCUAUUGAUAAGACAGUGAUUUGUUGUUAUGGCGUUCAAUGAUUGUUCGCGAUGAAACUUUCUACUAGGCUCCACAUCCUUCUUGGGGCAACCAUUUUGACGGUCAUUGGCGGUCUUGGCUUUCUGGGUAGCCGUCAUUUCACUUUCGGACAAAGAGAUGCCCUUAGGACCAUUUUGCCUGACAACUGGGAAAAGUUCGACCGCAUUUCGGACCCCCGUUUUCGAGCUCUUUUCUUGAGUCGGAAACGCCGCCUCAGAGACACUUGCAACCAGAUCAAGGCCGAGGAGAGCACUCGGUUUUCGCAAAAGUUCAGCAAUCUCUACACUUGGAAGGAUAGCUCGUUCCUCUGGUGUCCAGUGUUCAAGGCAGGCACAUCCAAUUGGAUGGCCAACUUUUUCCAUUUGGCUCCAUUGACCCAGGAAGAACGUUCAUCUAUCGAAAAUGCUCAUGAGAGCAUGCUUGACCGCGCCAAGGCUGUCCGUUUCACUUUCAGUGGCCAAUUGUUUCAUCAAUACAAGAAGAGCCAUCCCCAAAUGGAUUCCUUCAUAUGGGUGAGACAUCCAUUUUACCGCUUGGUUUCGGCCUUCCGUGACAAAUUGGAACGCCUCCAUGGCCAUGGCUUGGAACAAGACUACUUUUACGCACUCUACGGGCGCAAAAUUGUUGAAGAAUAUCGUGACUCGGCUAUUAGUCGAUUUGGUUCUGAUGCAUUUUCACACGAGAACCAUUUUGGAGCACCAGUACCUUUUGAGGGACAAAGGGUCCCAGAGCAACCCAUUUUUUGGGAGUUUGUUCAAUGGCUCUUGAAAAUGAAGCCAAUACAUAUGGACGAACAUUGGUCUCCGAUCAUGGAAACUUGUUCACCUUGCAUCAUGAAUUAUGAGAUGAUUUUAAAGUUGGAGAACCACGACGUUGAAGAGAUCAUUUUGGAGGAAUAUCUGGGGAUAUCGGCCCGAUUGGAACCUCCGACAAGGGCUAAUUCGUAUGGUAAUAAUGUGAAUUUGACCGAGGAUGAGAUAACUCGCCGUUAUUUGGACACACUUUCCAUUGCGGACGUUCAAAAGCUGUUUGCCCUUUACCGACAUGAUUUUGAAAUCUUUGACUACUCUUUUUCUUACAGAGGACUUGAUUUCCAGCCGAAUAGUAACAAGAAAAAAGACUAACGGUGUUCUCUAUUACUCAUGAUUUCUCAACAAAAAUUUUCAUAUUCUAGACAAACUAGUUUGGGUCUAGAGAAAAAAAUUGAAACACGCAAACAAACUUCUCCCUGGAUUUACACAUGCCUAGACUAGCCAAAGGAUAUCUAGAAUUUCCCUAACCCUAUCUCAUAGAUAUCAGAAUCAUGGGUAUUCGAUCAACUAGCAACUAAAGUUGAGCCAUAUCUCGCUUGGUAUUU